AUGAUAAAAAUACAAAACAAGUAUAGCUACUCAGAAGAUGAUCUGAUAGGAGAAGGUGCUUAUUCAAGGGUUUAUAAAGGUUUUUGUAAUAAAACUAAAGAGUUCGUUGCUAUAAAAGGUUUGAAUGCAACAUAAUUUUAGUUAUUGAUUGGAGUAAAGUAAAGGAUAAAUACUAUAUUUCUGGUUUUUAGAGAGAGAUUCGAAUACUUCGAGACUUAGAUCAUUAAAAUAUAGUAAAAAUAAUAGAAUUGAUUCAUGAUGCCAUUUAGAACAGAGAAUAUCUCAUAAUGGAAUAUUGUGAUAGUUAAAAUCUUACAGCUUUCAUCAAUCAAUCUGGAGGAGUUCUAAAUGAGAACAUUACCAAAAUUGUAUUAUAGUAAUUGUUGACUGCAUAAAAUGAACUUAUAAAAAAAGAAUACUUGCAUAGAGACAUUAAACCAGAAAACAUCUUAAUUCAUUAAAGGACUUUGAAAUUAGCAGAUUUCGGGUUUUCAAUUAAGGCAGAUUACUCUGGGAAUCAACUAUUUAAAGAAAAUGUAGGCACACCAUUAUAUAUGGCUCCAUAAAUACUUGAAAAUAAACAUUAUUCUGUGAAAAGUGAUAUUUGGUCUAUAGGAAUUAUGGCUUAUUAAAUGAUAACUGGAUAAUAUCCUUGGAUAGCUGAUGAUCCAUCUUAACUUUUAAAAUCCAUUAAAUCUCAAAAAUUAUAUUUUCCUUCGCAUAUCUCAAUCUCAGAUGAUUUCAAAGAAUUCAUUAAAUAUUGUUUGUAAUUUGAAGAAAAAGAUCGAUACAAUUGGGAUGAUUUAUUUGAACAUAAAAUAUUUAAAACGAAAUAUGUUAUACAAAAGAAUUAAAUCAAAAUCGAACAACUCUAAGUAUUAUUUUUUGUAUUAAUUAAGACAGCCAUUAAUUAAAUUAGACAAAUUCAAUAAAAAAGAGGAACUACUCUUGAAUAGUUAUUUACUAAUUUAGAUAUGGAUGGGGAUAAAAAGCUUACUUUUGAAGAAUUUUAAGUAUUAUUACUCUAUGUUGACAAUCAAAUGGAGAUUAAUAUAUAAAAAGGAAUCUUUUAAAAAUACAAUGUUAGCAAAAAUAACUUACUAAAUUUUAACGAAUUCAGCAGGAUAUUUUGA